AUGCGGUUACCGAGCGCUGUCGUUUUGUUCACCAUUGCGCCCUAUGGGGUGACUGCUUUUCAGUCAAGGAACGAGUCCGACAUUCUCGCUGUCUAUCCAAGCUGUGCUCAAAACUGCAUCCAAGUCCACCUCCUCGAAGAUUCCUGCAUCGAAUCCAGCAAUGACUGGGCGUGCCUCUGCACCAACCAAGCAAACCACACACUGUCCUCGUCCUUCAAUCACUGUCUCUCCCAAUUCUGUUCCGUCCGGCAAACCCUCACAACCCAGAACAUCACAACCAUCAACUGCCACCUCCACACUCGUGACCGCUCCGCCCUCCUGCUCCGUGAAAACAUCGCCCUCUUAGUCUCCACCCUUCUGCUGACCACCUUGCGAACUUUAUACAAACUCUUUGUCCCCUAUCCCGCCCACCCCAACCACAGCUCCUCGCACGGCUUUUCACGACCGCCUUCCCAGUAUCUGCCUAUAUCGCAGCGCCUACACGCGGACGACUACGCUUUGAUACAGAUCACCGCUCUCGGCCUGCCCAACCUGUUGCUCGCCAUCUUUCGGCUCCAUCCCUUGGGAGUAGGCCAGGAUGCGUGGACGUUGCCUUUGGACAAUAUCGCCAAAACGGUGAGGUAUGGGUACGGGAUGGGUAUCAUUUACUUUUUACAAGUCGCCCUCACCAAAGUGGUAUUUCUGUUGUUCUACCUCAGGAUCUUCCCGGGAAAGGAGGUGAGAAGGGUGCUAUGGGCAACAAUCUCGGUUUGUGUGUUGUUUGGGUUGGGAAGUGCGAUCGCUGGGGUUUUGCAGUGUAGUCCGGUGAGGUGGUGGUUUGAGGGGUGGGAUUACCGGGAGGGGACACCGGGGGGAGAUGCGACCUGGGAAGGAUGGGGAGGAGAAGGGGGAGGAAGGAGACCGGGGAGGUGCAUAAACAGGAAGGCUUUCCACGUCGCUGCGGCGGUGGUCAGUAUCACCAUCGACAUCUGGAUGUUGGCUAUUCCGCUGUGGUGUAUCAGGGGACUGAGGAUGGGAGUAUGGAAGAAGAUGGGGGUGGCGGGGAUGUUUGCAAUCGGGAUGCUGGUCACGAUCUUCAGUUGCAUCCGACUGCGUUAUCUGACUGUUUUCACGGAAUCUCCAAACCCGACGCAAGCACUAUUCGAUAUCGAUCGGUGGUCUACGCUCGAAGCGGCGUCUAGUAUCUUUUGCGCUUGUUUGCCGACGCUGAGGCAGAUGGUGGUUAGCGCUGUCAUCAUGGGAAGGAAGAGGUUUGGAAAGAGGAGCUCAUGCAGCGGUGGCGGUGGCAAGACUGGAAGUUCGAGUACGGUUGCUCUGGGGAUAAACUCACGAUCUUCUCGCUCAACAGAGGCUCCCAUCCAUUCGCUGCGUCUUCACUCGGACAGGUCCCAAGAGAAACUUCCCGACACAGAACAGCCCAUCCACGGCCCCUCCGAGGAAAUGACAGGAAACCAUGGUAUCCGCAGCGGCAACAGCAGCAUUAUGUACACGGUCGAAUACAGUGUCGAAGUUGACAAUAUCCCUGCCAGUGAUAUCACCCCUGAUUCUGGACGACUGAGCCCGCCACCGUAUACGUAUGGCAACGGCCCCGAAGAUCUUCCGGGAGUUAACGACGGCUGCGAAAAUUAUCGAGCGUGUGUCGUGUCGCGAGACUUGGGGAGGAUCGGUGGUGGAGGAGGAUCGUUGAGGAGGCAGAGUAGGAGUCCGAAGUUGAGGGUUGCGGUCUGA